GACGCCAAACGAGUUUUGUGGCGUUCCUACUGGGCUUCCGUAGGUUUUUACAAACCCGGAAAAAAAAAUGGCGGAUAACGAGCAAAGUUUUUAAAGUGGUUAGCUAGCUUUUAUAAAGUCGUUUAGAGGAGGUAUUAUGUCAUUGUUCUUAUAAAUAAAACAGUCUCUGGUGUAGUUAGUGACAAACAUAUUCUCUAUUACACCCUGUAGUUACGUGUUUGUUUUUUUUUUUUACCGGUUUGCUUUGUAAUUGUUACUUUAGCUUGAAAGCAUCAGUCUUGUUUUGCUGUAAAAGUAAAAUACAACACAGUUUGUGUAGUUGUGAUGGUUUGUAACGUAUCUAGCUAGUGUUUUAAUACAGCUGGUGGUUGUCAUGAGCUAGCUGAGUUAGCCAAGUGCAGCUCAAGUGAGAAGCAGAAGUCGUCAUUAUUCACUUGGUCUGUGUUUUAAACAACGUCGUGAGGAUGAAGCUACAAAUAAAAGUACGGCGUAAUUUGCAGUGUCGCUGAAAUUUGACGUCGAAAAGUGCGAGUUGGUCGAGCUUCAGAAAUGUGCAGGUUUCUGCGUUACUGUUUCAGCCAUUCACUUUAUACAGCCAUGAGCAGACUGGAGGAGCUUCCGGCUGGAGCGAGUGUGCGCUCGUCUGUUCGGUACUUGGGCUAUUUGUCCACGCUUAACCUGCUCGUUGCGAUAUGUCUGGGUCUGUAUACGCUCUGGGAGAACACAGCAGAAACCGUCCUUCUGGUCAUCUUCAUCCUGGCCCUUUUUGUCUUGGGUAUCGUCAGCAUCCUUCACUACUACUUCGGUAUGGAGAGGAUCAGUUUCGGACUCUUUCACCUAUGGCUGGGGUUCCUGCUUGGUUUGCUGGGGUUUCUUAAGAAUCCUUACGUAGCUGAUUUAAAGGAGCAAGUCAGCAGUUACAUGCUGAUAGCCAGCAUGGUCAUAAGAACACUGUGGGCUCUGGUGGAACGAAUCUGCGGCUGCACCAAACAGAGACCGGCACUCCUGACCUCUGCUGAGAUGUUGGAGCUUACAGGUUUUGCUGUGGCCAGCACAAGCCAGUUGGUCCAUGCCUCCAUGAGCCUCGUAGCACUGACAUUGGCUGUUGCCUCUUUGCUUGUGGACUUGCGAAUGAAGUCUUUUCUGGCCCUUCCUAACCUCAUCUGCUUCUCUGUAGUAACAGCGCUCUUCUUCUUCAACUCUCUGGGCAUUUCUCCAAACCCGUACGUGCUGGUGUGUUUUCUCUGCCGCCUCAUGUGUGAGCCCCUCUUGGAUCUGUACUUCAGUGGCCUGUCAGUGACCGAGCGCUGGUCCCCAUUUCUGAGAAGAGGAGGUCUGUGGAGGCGACUCAGUCUCCUGCCUCUGCUUUCUGUUGAAAUCACGUUCCUGGUUCUGGCUGCUUUCAAGAUGGGUGAACUGGACCAGUGGUAUGUGGUGAUCCCGGGUUUCUCUGCAUCCAGUUUUUUCUGGAUCAUCUGCCACGUGGUCUUCUUGGUUACCCUCUGGGGUUUCCAUAGCAAGCUGAACGACUGCCAAAGAGUGUGUGUGGCUCAGAGGGCUAAUCAUGGGUCAUUGGACAGGGUGAUGACCUCCAAAGGCAUGCGUCACUUCUGCCUUGUCUCAAAACGCUUAGUGCUCUUCAGCCUUGUGUCCACGGCUGUACUCGGGGCACUUUCAUGGCAGCCAAACAGCAGCCUGUUCAUUGGGGUGUUUCUGCUGGUUCUGCCUCUCGAGUCUCUGGCUUAUGGGCUUUUCUAUGAGCUGGGAAACUGUCUUGGAGGAACAUGUGUGGGUUAUGCAGUGGUCAUCCCCACAAACUAUUGCAGUGUGGAUGGACAGCCCACACCAUUGCCCCCGGAUGAGGUGCAGGAGCUGAAUCGGCGCACCACAGGCAUGCUGAACAACGUGCAGCACUUCUUCUCCCACCACAUGAUGAAGAUUCAUGGUUGCGAUUACUCCAGCAGUGGUGUGACGCGGGAUGCAAUGCAUUCUAAGAUCCGCUCCUUCCUGGAGGCACACACGGCGGACGGUCCGCGCUACGACACGUACAUCCUGUUCUACAGCGGCCACACGCACAGCACCGGAGAGUGGGCUCUCAUAGGUGGAGAAGUGCUGCAUUUGUCUGAGAUUGUGCAGAUGUGGAGGGAGAAAAAUGACGGUUACUCCUCUCGCCUCAUCGUUGUGCUCGACACGGAAAACUCGCUGCCGUGGGUGAAGGAGGUGCGCAAAGUGGAGGGGGUUUAUGUAGCAGUACAAGGGGCCACACUGGUAAACUCGAUGGACAUAGAGCUCCAGAACCUACCUCAGAUUGGACAUUUCACCGCUGAGUGGGUGGAGUUUAACUGCAACCUCGACAGCAGCGUGCGCUGGGCUGAGCUCGACCGCACCGUCAAGGCAGCCUACGGCGUCUCCAGACACUGGGGGGAUUACAAGCUGCACCUGCCUACAGGAAGCGACGUCAAUAAGCACUGGAGGCUGAAUUUUCCUCGCUGGACAUAUCCUGUGGUGCAACUGGCGCACUGGAGCGUCUCUCUGGACCUGUUCUGGAUUUGCAGCAUGUGUAUGUGCUUCCUCCGCAGGCUCAAGCUGAGGUGGUUUCCUCCCACAGUGCUCGACACCGGCCAGGGCUUCAAACUGGUCAGGUCAUAAGAGCAGACUGAGCGUAAGUCUCACUGUUAACGGUAGACCUUAGCGAUUAUUAGCACUUGUCAAAUGUGAAAUGGAUUUAAUGAACCCGAGCAAUAACAGUUUGUAGUUGGAGAAGGAUUUGCUCGAGUCAGAGUGUGUGUGCACGUGUGCAUCCGUACUGAUUUAUUGUGUUGUUCUAUGGGUGAAAAAAUGUGCCACAUCACCACAGAGGAAAUUGUAAAAGUUUUAAAGCACAACCAGAAGCACUGCAAUGCAAGACACUAACAGCGCAUGAUUUCAUAUUCAACUAAUUAUACUAAUAUUUCUUUCUUUUUUUUUUUUUUUAAACCAUUUGACGUACUCGCUCAGGGACAGGGAUUCAUCCCUAAAGUAAAAUUCGGAGUGUUUGUUAAACAAUGUGUUUCUGCUCAAAGCUUUUCACGUUCCCUGUUACCUGCUAACUCGAGUACAACUAGAUCUCGAUGAAAUUCAACGACAUUCGUUUUAGGUUACAGGUCACAAAGGUCAGAAUUUACGAUCAGAUUUAUUUACGAUGCUCUAUUUAUAUUGAUGUAUUUUUUGGUAAAAAUUAAUAUUUGACUUAAAAGCAUUUUGUCCUUUUUGUAAAUUUUGAUAUUUAUUCUUUACCUCAUAGGCAAUUUGAGCUUUAAGGGGAAUUCAGGAACACUGUGCUUUUGCAUUAAUAUAAUCUGAACUGUUGGUCCACAUGGAUGAUCACAAGGUUAUUUAAUGACCUAAAGUUGUUUGCAAAAGGAAAAAAAUAUUUAGUAGACUAAAUAAGUAGACUAAAUAAGUCUAGUAUAAUAACUGGCCUAUCAUAACUUGUUGCUUUUAACAAAAGGGUUUUUUUUUUGUUUGUUUUUGUUUUUCUGUUUUCAUAUAAGUGCCUUAUUAUGGCUGCGACUCUUCACCAACAAGCGUCAUUAUCUGAAAGUGACCUGUUUAUAUAAAAGACUGAUAUAAAAAAAAAAAAUCAGAUUACCUCAGAGACGUGUGAGGCUAAUGAACAAAAGCUGAUAACCAAUAAAGCUGUAAAUUUGUUGAAAAUGCAGGAGGGUAAAGUGAGGUAAAUGGUUUGGUUUGUUUUUUUUAUAACAAUGACAUGACGCAUGAAAUAAACACUUCCUUCCCUGGAAUUUGUCUUCACAGCA